AUGGCAGAUUUUUACAUGGAAGGAAGUCCACAGAGGAUUCUUAAAAAAUACCAACCCAGUAAUGAAGAAGACAGCCUUACAGUCUGGAUCAUUAUAUUAAGAGAAAAGAAAAAAGAAAAAAAAAGGACAAGAACGAAGAAACAUCUAUGGCGUCAUCAUCUGUUCCCUAAACCAGAACUAUAG